UUUUGCCUUCCUCGCUAACCGAGUGGCUCGUCCCUCAUGCUCAGACCAUCGCACACGAUUGCUUCGUGGUUUUUGCCUUUAAAGGCAGAAACGCGCGCCGCAGAAAAGCAAUCGUACUCGAUGUCCAUAGCACCCCUGGUGCUUUAAAAGAAGCGCGCAAGAUGUGCGGAUUUGCCACAACGCACGCGCUAUUCAUUCACUUCAAGGAUCUAAUUCCACCCCGCAGAUCACAUAUAACCGUUUCUCUCCUCUCAAACACUGUCACAAGAUGCCUGCUGCAGGACAUAACACGACCCCUGUUGACUGCCCUGUCUGCCACAAGGUUAUAAGCCGCAAGGCAGAUCUCCCUAGACAUAUGCGUACGCACGAUGAACACAAGGAGGCUCUUAUGCACGCAUGUCCAUUCCCUGAUUGCGAUUACAGGACCCUCCAAAAGUCCAACGUGCAGACGCAUAUCAGGACGCACACCCGUGAACGCUCGAAGACGUGCCCUCAUCCUGGGUGCGCGUUUACCACCACCGAUCCAGCAAGCUUGACGCGUCACCGCAAACACCUACACGGCUACGAGCCCAAGGCGCGUCGCAGCCUCGGGGGCAAAGCUGCUCGACGGUCCGCUGCCGCGCCUUACCCAUCUACUCAGUUUAUGAGGCCUGAGGAAGAUAUUCCUGCAUCGCUGGAUGUUAAUGACCUAACAUUUCCCGAACUCGCAGGCCUCAUCCCCUGUAAUGCGCUCUCGCCUGCUGAGUCCAGCGACUCUGAUAUUCCCAAAUUCUCUGGCGAGCCCGCCGAACUUUCCUGGGAGCAACUCUCCUGGGAGCGACUCUUCCCCGAAUUCCCUGCCGAGAGCUUCGCCUCCGUUUAUGAACAACCCUCUCAGCUCCCUAUCCCCACUUCCAAUCACUCCCAGCCUUCAACUGUCCCCCUCGAUCUCUCCACUCUCCACAUGCCGCAGUUCGACCCAGAGCUGUUCUCCGAUGUCAACUAUCAGCAGCGUAUUCCUGCCUUCGAUGCGGACUUUCAGUACCAGCCUGUCUCCGGAAACCAUCUGAACAACUCCCUACCAGCUGAACUGGAGGAGUUUCUGCAGGCAUAUGGCUCGGGGUACUUUGAAGGUCGCCACGAGUACCCGGACGAUGCAACGUAUUCCAUCCCCCAGCCCUCGUUCACGAACGAAUAUAAUGUCUAUUGAAAUCUUUGUUGACUAUCAUGUUUCAUUUCGUUGUCAUAUUACCUGGAUCAUCAUCGGCAUCAACAUUACAAUUGCAUUUGCAACUCGGCAUCAUCAUUAUUGUUCAUUUAUAUCACACCACUUGCAUCUUCUAUACAUGUAUUCUUCCACACUCUUAGCAUUGCGACCUUCAACUUGUAGAUUACAUUACAUGCAUCAUUGCACAAAUCUCAUGACUACGAAUUGAU